AUGAUGCGAAAAUUUGAAGGAGCCAUUAUUACUGAUCCACAAGUUUUAUUUGCUGAUGUCAUUGGUUUAGAGCAAGCUAAAGAAGCGUUAAAAGAAGCUGUUAUUUUACCAGUGAAAUUUCCACAUCCGUUUCAAGGUAUAAUAUAUCAUAAGAAAUUUCUAUCGUUAAAUUAUGAGGGUAUGUUUUGUACUGAUCAAUCGUUGUCUAAACAAAAGCUACUGGAUCAUGCGUUACUUACCAUACUGAUUCCGAACAUGACUAUAAGAAAUUUCCUUAGAUCUUUGAUUUAAUGUAAAAAUCUCGAUUUUCAUAAUUUUCAAACGAAUAAAUAUGAUAAUAUAAUGAGAAGAUAUUUUACGAUAUUUGAUUUUUGGAAUUUUAUCUUUCAAGAUUUUUAUAGUAAUAUCUGAAUAUUUUUUAUACUGAUUUUCUAAGAAACAGAGUGUUUAAGGCUAACAAAUAUUUUGUCAAAAUUGUUUUGGAUCUACUCCGACUAUGAAUUAUAUGUAGUUGUCAAUAUAAUAAACAAGAACAAAUAACCCAUUUUGUUUACUAGCAUCGUACUCAGAUUGCCAUUCACAUCUUCAACAAUAGAUUUUUCGAUUGAACAAAAAGAUUUUGAAUUGCAUUCAGGAAACAGACUUGGAAAAUAUGCUACAUAAUUCAUGUCUUUUUUUGUAAAAAUAAAAAUUGAAAGACUAGUCAAUAGCAGACUUUAUCGAUAGAUACAUCCUCCGAUCCUCAGAAUGAUUUAACUUUGAUAAACUUUCGUUUGCAUAUUGGUUCUGUAAAGUUGUGAACGGAGUGUGAAUCUAGAUGUACCAUCUAAGUGCGGUUAAAUUAAAGACUGAAGGGGGUGGGAUGUGGGUGUGGACGUCAGAUCGAAAGAAAAAAACAUCCAUACCUACACCCACAUCCUACAUCUUACAGUAACACGGAACUGAUAUUUGUUUCUCCUAUUAUUCAAUGGUUUACAUGUAUAGGUCUACGAACAUCACAUGAUAUGGGUACCUCAAUAAUAAAAUAGACGAUUUAUUGCAUACGAGACAACAAGCGCUUUUUAUAGUAGCAUUCAAUACAGUUUUAAAGUUGAGCAGACAAUAGCAGUCUAACAAUGAUUGUUCAUUGUAUUGGCAUCACUUCUGAAGUAGUUUGCCAACGCUUUCUAAUGAAUGUGUAGCAUAAUCGUACCAUUAUUGGAACGGCAAAUCUCAAAGUUAUGGUUAUUCCACCAUGUAGACCGAGUAUAGUCGUUGUAACAUCAAGCAUGUCGUGUCGUUCGAUUAAUGUGUAUGAACAUGAAGUAGGCCAGCACUGUUCAAAAAAACUUUCAUAUGAUAUAUUGGAUGACCAAUGUUCAAUGAACAUUUGUUGAACAAUUGCAUUAAUCGACACAUUCACAGCAAAGCGGGAGCUAGUAUUAAGUACUGACGGUGUGUAAUUCGCAUCAAUAUAAGAGACCAUUUGAUCGACACACGAUUGUACGUAAAGACAUUCGAUGGGUGUGGGUGUGGGUGUGUGGUGGGGUGUGGGUGUGGGG